GACUUGACUUAUCUUGCAGACUGCCAUCUAACAAGUAAAAUGUCAAAUACCGAAGCUGGAACGUCCUCUUCUCCAUCUAGGAAACGUUCCCGAGCCACUGAGACACCAGCCAAAUCCCCUACUAAACCCGAGGCUGAGGUCCGCCCGUCUCCUAAAAAGGCUCGUAGAAAGCCAAAGUCACGAUCAGAAUACGUUCCUCCAGGGUGGACUGACAUCCCCACCUGGCAGACUAAUAAGUCUUUCUUGAUGGAUUUACCGCUCGAAUUAUGGGAUAAGAUAUUUGGUCCUGCAAGUAGCUUAACGCUUCAAGAUCACUUGUCCUUCUCAGGAACGUGUCGACAAAUCAGACGAGCCUACACCGAGGAUGUUUGGAAGACUUUAAAGAUUAUGCACCAAGCCCCGAAUCAUUUAUUUACUGACAUAAUUACCCGCAAUCCUCAGCAUGACGAGAGUCCAGACGUGGUCUUAGGUUCACUAAUACAGACAUAUAAAGCAAAUGUUAUUAUUGAAGUUAACUGGCCGAGAGUCACAACGGUGGCAGCUCGUAGUGAAUUCAAAUUAACUGAAAAGGAACUUCUCUCUCUACCAUAUACCACCAGGCGAAAUCCUCAAGGUCCAAAUACCCCCAUCAGAGAGUUCUAUCGCGCCAGAGUCCGUGCUCUGGCAUAUCGAAUCCACGGCGGACCUCUAGGUCACAUAGCACACCUCAAAAAAGUGGCAGAAAGGAACAAGAAGGCUAAGGCAACCAGGGAAAAGAAUGGGACGCUUCCAAAGAAACGGGUGAAACCGGCAUCAUUCUGUACGAGUGGUCUGGAAACAGGUUCCUGGGAGGCUUCAUACGAUGUUGACGAGGAGUGGUACGAUGACUUCUGAUUGUUAAAAAAAAUAAUGCGCACUAUAUUUUUCGUGUUCAUGCCUUACCUUAGCGCUUGUACUAAUCUUUGAUUUCGUGAAUUAAGUUUCUUUGAUUCUUUA